AUGAUAGACAAGAUAUUUGGUAGCAAAGCCGAUCUCCAAUUACAUACGCAAAUCCAUAUGAGAGAAGCAAAACCCUACAAAUGCACCCAAUGCUCAAAAGCAUUUGCGAAUUCGUCAUAUUUGUCACAGCACACACGGAUACACUUAGGAAUAAAACCGUACCGUUGUGAAAUAUGCCAGCGUAAAUUUACCCAAUUGAGUCAUUUACAGCAGCAUAUACGGACUCAUACAGGUGACAAACCCUACAAAUGCCGGCAUCCUGGGUGCACCAAAGCAUUCAGUCAGUUGAGUAAUCUACAGAGCCACUCGCGUUGUCAUCAAACCGACAAGCCCUACAAGUGCAAUUCGUGCUACAAGUGUUUCUCCGACGAGCCAAGUCUUCUGGAGCAUAUACCAAAGCACAAAGAAUCAAAGCAUCUCAAGACCCACAUUUGCCAGUACUGCGGCAAGAGCUACACCCAGGAAACGUAUCUGGCAAAGCACAUGCAGAAACACGCCGAAAGAACGGACAAAAGACCUCCAAUAAUUGGAACAGGAUUGAGGCCAUCGAUCCACGCCGCAAUGGCAGCGGCUGCCCAACAUCAUCAGGAUGCUGCAGCACAUCAUUACUGGCCGAAGGUCAGCCCCGAUUCCGUGAUCAGUGAAUUGCACGACCGGUUACCUCACCAUCACCAUCAUACAGACUAUCACCAGAACCCUAACGGACCGACUGACAUGCUUCUACAACAUGGCGGUGUGACUGGAAAUGGCGGCGGCGCAGGCGCAACUGGGCAUCGAGACCUCGAAAACGACUCGAGGCAACAGACGCCUCAACCGCCUGGCGUUGGAGGUGGUGGAGGAGGCAACCAUCAUCCGAAUAGCAGUAGUGCUUUCACGCCAAUUUCUUCGAUAUCCAUAAACUCUAUUUCGUCAAUGCACAAUCCAUUAAAUCCUCUGAAUCAUCUUCACUAUCCUGGCAGCCAUCAUCCGGCUUCAAGACCGUACUUAUACGAAGCUUUCAAUACGCAAAAAGCUUCACCAACUUCCUCCGCGGUGACUCCCGGUACUAAUAACAAUCAGAACACGACGUCGUUCCCUAAUCAGCUGAUCAGCUUGCAUCAGAUCAGGAACUACGCGCAUCAACCUAACCUAGGUAAUUUGGGAAAUUUGGGCAAUCUUAGUAAUCUCAGUAAUUUGGGGAAUAUUAGUGCGUCCAUGGAAGGACACUCUUUACUUGGGCUUAAGGAUAAACAGUAA